GAUGCUAAGCAUGCAGGUAAUUGGGAGCAUCGUGAUAUACAUAACUUAUAUGGGUUAUACGUACAUAAGUCAACUUGGGAUGGACUCAUGUUGAGGUCGAACGGCGUAGAACGUCCUUUUGUGUUGACCCGUGCGUUUUUUGUUGGUUCACAACAGACAGCAGCUGUUUGGACUGGAGACAAUACUGCUGAUUGGUCACACUUAAAGAUUUCAACUUCUAUGCUUCUCAGCAUAUCAGUCGUAGGGAUAACCCUAUGUGGAGCUGACGUGGGAGGUUUUUUUGGCAAUCCAGAUUCUGAGUUAUUGACAAGAUGGUAUCAGGCGGCUGCUUAUCAACCAUUCUUCAGAGCUCAUGCACACAUAGAUAGCAAACGCCGUGAACCUUGGCUAGUGGCUUCGGAAUAUAUUGAUCCCAUUCGAAAGGCAAUACAAGCUCGCUAUCAAUUACUUCCAUACUGGUAUACAUUGUUUGCUCGUUCAGAAGCAAACGGUCAACCAGUUAUGGCACCAAUGUGGUUUCAUUUUCCUAAAGAUGUGAAUACGUAUGGUUUGGAUGAUCAAUAUAUGAUUGGAGAAGCUGUGCUUGUGAGUCCUGUCACUGAUCAAGGUGCUGGCUAUGUGCAGUUAUAUUUUCCGAAGGGAACAUGGUAUCAUUAUCCAUCGCUUGAGGUAUUUGCAGGUGGACAGUCGACACAAUAUCCAGUAACGAUAAAUUCCAUACCUGUAUUUUAUCGAGGUGGGUGGAUUAUACCACGAAAAGAGCGUAUACGUCGUUCUUCAUGGCUUAUGCGUAGUGAUCCCUAUACAUUUGUUGUUUGUUUGGACCCUCAGAAGCCUGAUGCCGUUGGUUAUAUAUACAUAGAUGAUUUCCAUUCAACUUCUAAAUCAAAUGCCCAGUUUUUCAAAAUUAUUUACCAACGAGUUGUCGACCCAACGGGUGCAGGUGUGCAUGGUGGACGAUUGCGCUUACAACGUUUACCAUUACCUGGUGAAACUUCCAUAGUACUACCUAAAGAUGAUGUUUUUAUACCGAAAAUUGAACGCUUUGUUAUUGUUGGGUUCAGUAGUCCCUUGGAAAGAAUUACUGUGAUCGAUGCCCAUAAACCACGAAGAAAUAUAGGGUUUUCCAUUACUCCGUCCUCUGCUGGUUUUAAGCACGUACCACGCAUUGUCGUUGUUCGUAAACCUGAUCUUUCAUUAAAUGAUGAAUGGGAAGUGCAUUUUGUCACAGGGAAAGAAUCCAGGGAUGAUUUGUAAAUGAUAGUUGAUAUCAAUCCUAUUUCUUCAACAUAGUACUCUCAUGUGUAUAUGAUUUGGCUCCAAGUUAUCUUGUUUUCUAAAACACUUGCUCAGUUUUAAUUUUUACAUCAUUUUUCUCCAUCUCUUCAAAUGUGACGUGUACUCUUACCUGUCUGUUUGUUUUCUUUUCACUUGUCGUCUCGUUUUUUCCUGUUUUUAGCGCAUCUUUCUCAGUUCCCUAUUUCUAUUUUGUCAUUGUGUCUGUGUUUGAAUGUAAACAAAGAAUUUUCUCAUUGCUUUUAUGUAUGUUUUUAUUUUAAAAAGUGAAUUUGUUUAGUUAA